CGAUUUUGGUUCCGAGAGAAGUUUUGCUUUUUGGUGGAUUUCAUCUGACAGACAUGUCAGACGCUCUUUCUGCGAUUCCGGCCGCCGUUCAUCGCAAUCUCUCCGAUAAACUCUAUGAGAAGCGCAAAAAUGCUGCGCUUGAGCUUGAGAAUAUUGUGAAGAAUCUCACUUCUUCGGGUGAUCAUGACAAGAUCUCGAAAGUCAUUGAGAUGUUGAUUAAGGAAUUUGCCAAAUCCCCUCAAGCUAAUCAUCGAAAGGGUGGUCUAAUUGGCUUAGCUGCGGUAACAGUUGGUUUGUCUACAGAAGCUGCUCAAUAUCUUGAGCAAAUAGUGCCACCUGUGAUUAAUUCCUUUUCUGAUCAAGAUAGCCGAGUUCGGUACUAUGCAUGUGAAGCUCUCUAUAACAUUGCAAAGGUUGUGCGAGGCGAUUUCAUUAUUUUCUUCAAUAAGAUUUUUGAUGCCUUAUGCAAACUCUCAGCAGAUUCUGAUGCCAAUGUCCAAAGUGCUGCUCAUCUUUUAGAUCGCCUUGUUAAGGAUAUUGUGACGGAAAGCGAUCAGUUCAGUAUUGAGGAAUUCAUACCUCUUUUAAAAGAGCGCAUGAACGUUCUAAACCCUUAUGUUCGGCAAUUUCUAGUUGGAUGGAUCACUGUUCUUGAUAGUGUUCCAGACAUUGAUAUGCUUGGGUUUUUGCCAGACUUUCUCGAUGGGUUAUUCAAUAUGUUGAGCGACUCUAGUCAUGAAAUUAGACAGCAGGCUGAUUCAGCUCUUUCAGAGUUUCUUCAAGAGAUAAAAAAUUCACCAUCUGUAGAUUAUGGUCGCAUGGCUGAAAUAUUGGUGCAGAGGGCUGCUUCUCCUGAUGAAUUCACUCGAUUAACAGCCAUCACGUGGAUAAACGAGUUUGUAAAACUUGGGGGAGACCAGCUUGUGCGUUAUUAUGCUGAUAUACUUGGGGCUAUCUUGCCUUGCAUAUCUGACAAAGAAGAGAAAAUCAGGGUGGUUGCUCGUGAAACCAAUGAAGAACUUCGUUCAAUCCAUGUUGAACCCUCGGAUGGUUUUGACGUUGGCGCAAUUCUCUCUGUCGCAAGGAGGCAGCUAUCAAGUGAUUUUGAGGCUACUCGGAUUGAAGCAUUGAAUUGGAUAUCAACACUUUUAAACAAGCAUCGUACUGAGGUCUUGUGUUUCCUGAAUGACAUAUUUGACACCCUUCUAAAAGCACUAUCUGAUUCUUCUGAUGACGUGGUGCUCUUGGUUCUGGAGGUUCAUGCUGGUGUAGCAAAAGAUCCACAAUACUUUCGCCAGCUCAUCGUAUUUCUAGUCCACAAUUUCCGAGCUGAUAAUUCUCUUUUGGAAAGGCGUGGUGCCCUUAUCGUCCGAAGAAUGUGUGUACUUCUGGAUGCCGAAAGAGUCUACAGAGAGCUCUCUACAAUUCUGGAGGGAGAAGAUAAUCUUGACUUUGCUUCUACCAUGGUUCAGGCAUUGAAUUUGAUUUUGCUUACUUCCCCGGAGUUAUCAAAACUAAGAGAUCUAUUAAAAGGUUCACUCGUCAAUCGCGAAGGGAAAGAACUUUUCGUUGCCUUGUAUACUUCAUGGUGCCAUUCACCCAUGGCAAUUAUAAGCCUUUGCUUAUUAGCUCAGGCUUACCAGCAUGCGAGUGUUGUGAUUCAAUCAUUGGUAGAAGAAGACAUUAACGUCAAAUUUCUAGUACAGCUUGAUAAAUUGAUCCGGCUUCUCGAAACUCCAAUCUUUACUUACCUUAGAUUGCAGCUUCUGGAACCAGGAAGGUACACAUGGUUGCUGAAAACACUUUAUGGUCUUCUAAUGUUACUUCCUCAGCAAAGCGCGGCGUUCAAGAUACUUAGGACAAGACUCAAAACUGUGCCAACGUACUCAUUCAGUACUGGAAACCAAAUAGGCAGAGCAACUUCAGGAGUUCCUUUCUCUCAGUAUAAGCAUCAAAACGAGGACGGUGACUUAGAAGAGGAUAAUAUCAACAGUUCUCACCAAGGAAUCAAUUUUGCUGCGCGGCUACAACAGUUUGAGAACGUACAAAAUCUACAUCGCGGCCAGGCAAGGACUAGAGUGAACUACUCAUAUCACACUUCCUCUUCUUCUACAUCAAAGGAGGUGAGGAGAUCUGAAGAACAACAACAGCAGCAGCAGCAACAACAACAACAACAGCAACAACAACGACCACCACCUUCUUCGACACCAUCAUCCGUUGCAGACAACAAUCGACCUCCAUCAAGAUCUUCAAGAAAAGGCCCUGGUCAAUUACAGCUUUAACCUACCUGUAACUCUUCAAGUUUCGACGGAACUUGUGGAAAAGCUACGGUCGUGUCCAUCCUCUCUCUCUCUGUCGGGUUUUUUUUUUUUUUUUUUACGAGAGAUUCUUCUCCAGUCCCUCAGUCUACCUUAUAUUUUUUUGGGUUUCGUUUCUUGUUUCAUUGUUUGGAGCUUUUAUAUUCUACUUUUGUGGAUGUAAGAAAGAGAAGUGAUCAUGUGGUUUUGUGUUGUUUUUUUAUAACUGGAAAACCACAUGAGUUUGUAGAGGUGACUUAUUGGAUAUUUUUAUGUUGAAUGAUGCUCCUUUUUCCAUUUCCCUCAUCUCACAGUGAUAUUUUAUCUUAUACAAUGUUUGCUAAUAAGAAACAUUGCACUUCACU